CCAACUUAGAAAACUGUAUGAACUCCAUUGAUAAGUUUGGCAUGUCCAUGGAUACCAUUAGCAGUAGGCUUGUACAUCUUGACGGGUAUCCAACAUUUAAGAAAGCAGUGUAUCAUUUUGCUUCUCCAAAGGUAUCUGAAAAACUUAUUCAGGAAUAUGAAACUAGAACCAAGAGUAGCAUUCGCAAUCUCAUCAUGAGUAGUAAUACAUUUCCAGAUGUCAAUUUGAAGUGA